AUGGAGGGUGCCAUUGCCGCUCGGGCCGAUUACAGGAACAGCGCCGAAGACUGCGAGCGUGCAGGAGGAUCUCUAAGCAUAGGACUUCGAGACUUGGACAGCGAAAUUUGCAACUCUGCGCAGCUGCCCGGGACCCCGGGCAAAGCAGCCAUUAGACCACAACCACACGCAGCGUCCAACGAGAAAGUGGGGAGGGAAAGGGCCAGGGUUGUGCAGUCCCUGGGGCUGCUCUACCAGAGCUGCGUCCCCGCAUUUACCUGGCCGAAUGAAGCUCCUGCUGACAUCCCCUUCGAGCGCAGCGACCUCUUUACAGAGGACACUUGGUAUCCCAGCUGGUCCUCGGAUGGCGAUCUUUACACGCCCUGGACGGAUGGUAGGGUCGGCAACAUCCGAUCAUCCAGCGCCUGCGCAGGGGCGGCCUGCAUGUCCACCACUGGCUUCGCCAGAGUCUCUGGAGAGGAUCCUUUCAACCUGACGAUCAAGGAUGUCGGCGUCUUCGAAUCGUCCCCUUCGCCGUACCACGGCCGCUAUCCCAGUGCUUCGCUGCACUAUGACGGUGUCUGGUACUACGGGACAUAUGCGCUGGACAACGAGAACCACGAACCCGGUGAUGCGCCCAGGGGUUCGGAGAGCCAGGAGGCUGCUGGCAAGCUCCAAACGGCGGGCUACUGUGGCAACUGGUGUAUCCAAGGGCCCUUCGUCGGCUUCCGCUGGAGCCGGGAUGGAGGCAAGACGUGGGAAGAGCCUCGGAAGACGAUGGCGAACUUCUCGGACAACCUCUUCGGCGAGGGAAGCCCGGACGUGGAGCGCAUCAACGAUGCUGCAGCGUGGGAGUUCUAUGCUGGCCACUUGGAGGCUCAGAGGGCCUUUAUAUUCUUAGGCCUCCGCCGGAGCAUGCCAGAGCUGAUUGUGUCAGCAAAGACAGCAAAAGUCAGGUACAUCAUGUGCAUUUCAACGCCCACCUUCAGUCCGUUCACGAAGAAGCAGUUCGACACGUACCUACUGGAGAGUCCGAGCAUUACGGGGCCAUUCCGCUACAUCAGCUACCUUCGGGAGUUUGGCCCUGAAGCCUACUUCGUGAACAUUCCCAGCAAGUUCCUUGCGAAGUCACGGGGCUCAGACGGCUCUCUUCGCCUCUUCCU